UAGCGAGCCUGAUUUUAGUGCAGUUGACGGUCAUAAAAGUUGAUACCACAAUUUUAACACCUAUUACUAUUUAGUAUUACUAAUAAAAUCUUAUAAAUAUGUCAUCCACUGAAGAAAUUCCACCCCCCUCACGACCCCAAUCAUCUCACACCAAUAAGUCUCACAAAUUAAACAUGUUAUCCUCCUCUUCCAACCUACGCGACACUUUAUCCACCUUUGGAGACGACCUCGUUCGAGUCAAAGAUUCAAAUUUCCUCUACUUUGAAGGAAUUCAGGCCACAUCCUCCGAUAUUUCUGGUCAGCAACGCUCUCAAAUUCAGUUUGAACGCGUCCCCUCGGCUGAAGUGGGGGUCAAAUCGAGUCGUUGGAGGAAGGCGAUUGUUGCUGGUCUUUUUACUACGCCAAAGACCAACUCGAAACGUAAAGAUUCGGAUUUGAGGAAUAAAAACGAGGAUGAUGAGGACGAUAAUUAUUCGGGGUUUAUUAGUGUCGAACCCCCGUUCUGGGGGGUAGGUCAGAAAACUCGAGAGAAAAUUUCAAUGCUUUCACUUCAGUUGGUGUUGCAUGAGUUGGCAUGUUUUUCGAGUUGCGUUCUUUUGGGCUAUCUGUCCUUCCAUGUCAUUAAAGGGAGCACUUGGAAUGGCGACGAUUCCAACUGGAUUUUCAAUCGGAGUUACGAAUCCAUUGGCAUACUUUUAAUAGGAUUGACAACUCUGGGUUUUUUAAUUAGAAUUGAUACAACCGACUCCGGAAGUUUACUGACCAGCCCAUUCCACAUCCUUCCCACUGUUCUAAUCGUGGUGCCAAUUUAUUUGGUGAAAGCGUGGGAACUGCAGCGUGAAGAGUGCUUUCAAUACUUGAGAAUGAGAGACGAAUUCAAGAAACAUGUUCAUCUCACGCAAAAUUGCGAAUAUUACGAGCAGAAACUUAACGAAACCAGCACAAAUAAUAAUAAUAAUAGUGCAAAAAGUAAGGAAUGGUUAGAUGUGUCUGUUCUCGUCAUGAAUAUAAUUCCAAUCAUUGUUUGCUUCAUUGUCUCGAUUUAUCUCUUCUCGUUUAGAAAUAGGUUUUACUUGAUUGAGAAAUUUGGAAAUUCCAAGAAUUAUAGAUGAGUAUGUAAAUUUUUUUUGACAAGUACGAGUUGCUGAAAGUUGCAUGCUAUACAUAAAUAAAUUAAUUGAAACAGACCGGUUAAUUAAAAAAAACUGUUACGAAAUCACAAUUUUUUCACGCAAUCUCACGACCUUGAUUUAACAAGUUUACAUUAACAAUGAGCAUGAGAAUUUAUUUUCAACCUGUCUGAGAGUGGCAUUGCAAUAAUACGUAUAACGUGCGUGACCUUAACAUGAUAACAGCUUUUACAUUUAACUUAAUAGGCAUGCUGGAAGAUAUGCAUAGUAAAUAAAGAAAUGCACCGAUUAAAUGUGAACCUUUAAUUUAUAUAUGUAGGUAUAGUUUAAAGUUUGCAUUUAUAAUAAUCUAGUACUGUUUGUAGGUAGUUUGUGCAAAUUAAACUUGACCAUUCUCCAUUGGCGAGACGAGUUAUUCGUCACGAAUUUGGAUUAAUAGGUUUUAUAUUGGAUUAAAUCAAGAUAUAAUUGUUUCAUUUAUUUGUGUAUCAGCUUAUCAGUGUAUUCAAGCAGUUAGAAGUUACAGAAAUCGCCAGUUGCACAAAAUUCUUUGUUUGUGCAUUGACUUUUUCCGAACUACUUAAAAAAUUAUGCCAUUUAAAGAAUUAUUUGUUGGUAAACGUGUCCUCGUCACUGGAGCUGGUCGAGGUUUAGGACGCGCUUUAGUGAAACGUCUGCAUAGUUAUGGAGCCCAAGUUAUCGCCUUAUCCAGGACGGAAAGCCAUUUGAAAACUUUGCAAGCCGAACUUCCAGGACUAGAAAUAGUUUGCGUCGACUUAGGAGACUGGGAAAAGGCCCGUGAAGUAAUCGGACAAUUAGACGUCGUGGAUAUUUUAGUUAAUAAUGCUGCCCUCAUAUUAGUUAAGGGAAUUAUGUCGACCUCAUCCGAAGAAUUUGAUAGUUUGAUCAACGUAAACUUAAAAUCCGUAAUGAAUACGUGCCAACUCGUCGCAGCGAAAAUGAUCGCUGCUGGAAAAUCUGGAUCAAUCGUGAACGUUUCGAGUAUUGCGGGUACCCAACCCUCCCCGUAUAACGGUCUUUACUGUGUCACUAAAGCCGCUCUGGAAAUGAUGUCGAAAUGUUUAGCUGUGGAGCUGGGUUCUAAAAAGAUUCGUGUCAACACAUUCGCUCCGGCAGGGAUUGAAACCGACAUGCUUCAAGAGUUGGCUUCCGGUACGGACAAUCUUGUCCAGAAGGAGGGAACGUUUAAAGCUUUUUUGAAGUUCAGGACUCCCACCCAGACCGCGCACAUGCCGACGGACGAGUGUAUUAACACCAUGCUGUUUCUAAUGUCGGACUUAACAACACAAAUCACGGGACAUAACUUGACGAUUGAUGGGGGUUACUUGUGCACGUGAUUUAAAAAAUCAGGAAUAAAAAUCAUAGUACUAACAUCGGCUAGUAACAUGAUCACACCAUCCGUAUUAUUUCAUCCGUGUUCGUGUCAACGAGAACUCAAUGUCAACCGGUUUGAAAAAUAAGUAAUGUGUGCUAAUAAUUAUUUUAAAUCCUUCUAUAAUCCUUAAUCCUAAUCCUAAAACUGGUUAAGAUUACAUAAGUGAUGAAAAUGAUUGACAAGUUGAAAUGAAAAAGUUGUUUUUCUUCGUUAUUAGUGUUAUUACAAUAAAAAAUACGGAUUAUA